CUGCAUUAAUACCAUUCUGUUUGCAUCGUGACCUUCAUCACCAUCAUCAGCAGCAGCAGUCAUGUUCUCUCGUUCUCUCCUGCUGGUUCUGCUGGUUCUUGUCUGCCUUCAGUCCUUCACAUCGGCCCAGGAUGCGGAUGGACCAGAUCAAUGCUGUUUCGAUUACUACAAGAGCCCAAUCCCUGCAAAUAUCAUUACAGCGUAUAAUGUAACAGACCUUCAGUGUAAAAAUCCUGUAGUCAUCUUUACUCUAAACAACAGCAUAGAGGCGUGUGCACAUCCUGAAGACGAGUGGGUGAAGAGCAUCAUGGAACUAAUUGACCAGCGCCAGGGGCGGAUUUACCAAAAAGGCAUAGGUGCGAUUGAACCAACGAAAUGCUGUUUCAGUUACUACAAGAAAAGAAUCCCUGCAAAUAUCAUUACAGCGUAUCAAGAAACACACAUAAAGUGUAUAAACCCUGCAGUCAUCUUUACUCUAAACAACGGCAUAGAGGCGUGUGCAGAUCCUAAAGACGAGUGGGUGAAGAACAACAUGAAACAAAUUGACCAGCGCAUGUUUACAACCACUGACACCGUGAACACUCAGCUGAAAAUAAGUGUGGAUGAACCAGACAAAUGCUGUUUCAUUUACCAGCAGAAAUCAAUCCCUGCAAAUAUCAUUACAGUGUAUAAAAAAACACACAUAAAGUGUACAGACCCUGGAGUCAUCUUUACUCUCAAGAACGGCAAAGAGGCGUGUGCAAAUCCUAAAGACGAGUGGGUGCAGAACAACAUGAAACUAAUUGACGAGCGAGUUUAAAAACCUGUCCUAAUCUCAGCUAUGAUGUUUAAAUCCUCUCUCCAGUUAUAACCAAUUAUUUUGAUUAAUAUUAAACAAAAUGCACUGUUUAUGCAUUUAAACAGAAGGAAUGAAGUUUUUCACUGUAUAUCCGAUUUGAAAAAAAAAAAAAACUUUUGCUUUAAUUCGUCUCGCAGUGUUUAUCUGAAUUGAACCACAGGCAGUGGGGAUUAGUUUUAUUUUCAGACAUAUUAAAGGGCAUUUUCUAUCAAA